UCCACACACACUCUGACACACAUACGACACCUACAAGGAUGGCAUUCUACUGAGACACUGUGCACUAACUACUCAAGUAUUAAAUCCCUAAACACAAGCAAUAUGCCCAUCCUUAAGAACCUCCCGGGGAGGACCAAGAGUAACCAUGGGAACGGUGAGCUCAUCCUGCCCAGGUUAGACUUUGACCUGAACCCCUUCGAUGAGGUGGAUCUGGAGGAGGAAAGGAACGAGGACAAUCCUCCCACUGUGGAGGGCCAUGGAGGAAAACCCGUCCAGCUUAGGACGUUGCGUGACGGUGAAGAGGAGGAGAACGAGGUGAACGCUGAAAGACACGCCCCUAAAGGAGGAGGAGGAAAGCCUCUGAGGGGGACUCUGGAGCGGCUGUGUGGCUCAUCACCCCUGAAGACCCUGGGGAAGUUGGGGAAGGGGCUGCGUAAGUCCGGGUGCAGCGUGUGGGGGACCAGCCCAUCCCUGCGAAGUCCAACAGACCCUGAUUUUUCCCUGCCGGAGAAAGAAAAAAGAAAGGGCAUCCGCAGGAGCUCAGAGGAGAUCAUGACUUUACUUCGAUUUGCAGGGCGGCGGAAGCAGAAGCUGCGCAGAGAGAGCCUGCCGUGUGGGGACCUGAGCAUCAAUAGUGACGCUGAGUCCAACCGUAGACCCUCCUUCCUUAGGAUGGUCAGUCUUGGCAAGUCGAAGAGGGAGUCCCUAUCAGACCAUAACUCCCAGGAGAGUGAUGAGGAAUUGGAGGAAGAACCAGUGAUCAAACCCAGGGAACCACUUUCAGUUUUGGAGAUCUUACAGUUAGUCAACCAGAGGGACCUCCUCUUGGCUGACACACACAUCCAGGAACUGGAGCGUGAGAGCGAACUGUUGUCCCUCCUACCCCACCCCCCUACACCCCCAUCCACACCUCCUGGAUUGACACCUUCUGGGCCUUUUGACCACCCAUCUAGCCCCAAUGCAUCAUGGGAUGCCAGCCGGCGCAAGGCCAAAGAUGUGGAGCUGCUUUAUGAGGCCCUGCAGAAGGAAAUGUGGGACGUGGUCAGGGAGUCCCUCCGACAGCCCACGGCUGGGCCCAACCUGGGGCUGGUGGUUCUGGUCAUUCAGCAGGAGGAGCAUGCCGACCUCAUCCAAGCCCAGAGAGAGAAGCCCCAGACCCCGAGCGAACUCCUCAAUCCCCAUCCUAGCCGGCGCCCCCGUCAGCUCAUUCAAAAAUGGCGGCAGGCAGUAGGGGAGGCGGCUGACUGGAGCCUGCCUCAGCAGGUAGACACUCCCCCGGGACAGCUGGCCCUGUACCUGGAGAGGCUGAGGGGUCGCAUGGUGGACGACCUGGACGCAGCACGGAGGAAUGUGGUGUCGAUCUACCCAGAAGAGUUCCAGGCCUUCCAGGUGUAUGUGCAGAGCUACCACCAGGCGGUAGCUCGACGCCUGGGCGUCAUCACCAGCUCCCAGCUUCAGAUCACUGAUGUCUACUCCCUGUUGGACUGGUUCUACAACAUCUACAACAGGGACGUCCUGGGAAUAGUUGGCACAAAAACCCAGAUUAACUACUCUCCACUGGAACCCCUACUGCAUCAAGACACAGUGGACCGACUGGAACAGGACUGCCUGAACACUGUCAGGGAGAAGGUGACCACUGAACUCACUCAAAUUCUGGAUGAGGAAGAGAGGCGGUGGGCCCAAAUGCUACACAUAGAGGAAUAUCAGUCCAACCUGGCUCGCUCUGUCAUUCAGAGACUGAAGGUGGACCUGGACAGAUCCACAGCAGUAAGCCAGUUUUUGGGGGCCAGGGUGGCCCGCUGCAGUCUCACAGGUCUGUCUGACUUCCUGUACAGAUUCCAGAGGAAGGUUGAGAUGUUCCACGAGACUCAGGCUGAGUUUGGGGACCAGGGUGAUGGAUACGUUUCCAGGACCAUUGCCCUGGUCAACUGCUGCCCACCUCUCAGGUCCUUUGUACAGCGCUGCAGGCAGUGUGACCCACAAGGCAGUGAGGAGUCAACUCAGGGAGCUAACUCCUCCCUGGACAGGAUUGUUAACCAAUCAGUGAGGGUUCUGACUGAAAGACUAUUUGAGCACAUCAGGCCAUUCUUUGACAAGUUGGUGAAAAGGAAGUGGCUAAACAAUACAGAGGCCUUUGAGGCCAUCGAAGCAUGCAUCAAACAAUACUUUAAAAAGUUCAGAAGAAUGGACUGCCCACCAUAUCAGAUACUGGUUGGGGAGGUACACCGACGAGUCCUGGUGGAGUAUGUGCGUGCGAUCAUGCGAGGACGAGUUAUCUGCACGUCAUCAAAGAUGAGGAAGAGGAUGGCAUUCAGAUUGCAGGACGAGGCCAAGCAGCUCAAAGGGCUCUUCAAAGACUUGGAGUCUGGAUCUUCUUGGCUGGACAGUGUCCUUGCUCACCUGGCUGACAUCAUUCUCCUGGAGGACACUCCGUCCAUCCAGAUGGAGGUUGCUGUGCUGGUGAAGGAGUUUCCAGACAUACGGAAGAAGCAUGUAUCCACCCUGCUGAAUGUGCGGGGGAUGAUGCAUCAGGCCGAGCGCCAGGAGAUCUUGAACGUGGUUAGAGACUUUGAGAGCACUGACAACUGUACUGUGCUAUGCCGGGACCACGCACUUUUCUCAGACAUCCCCAUCACCUCUGAGCUGCACUGCAUCAACCUGGGCCUAAUCCGUGUUGCCAUGACCCUAGCCAACUGGUUCUCCGAGGCCCGUCCUAAAAGGCACCGCAAAAGAACCUCGAGGCAGAGAAACAUUCUGCGACCAGAACCCAUGACCGAUGACAAGAAUAUGAAUGAUAGCUGACUUUAAGUCUCUCACUGGUGGCAUUUCCUGCCAUAUGUUGACUUAAUUCCGUCCUAGACCGGAAACUGUUGUUUAGGUCCUACCUCCAAAGCAUGACACUUGUUGCUAAUACAUAUUCACAGAAUGGGGAUGGGAAUGUCUUGGUGCUCGUGUGGAGGGGAGCUAUCAGAAAAACAAAGAAUGUUACUUAUUGAGAGAUACUACACCUUUUUCUUGAUGGGUGCUGACAUUCGUCUCUUGCCAUUUGAUAAUUCCAUAGAAAGUAUGUUGGUUUCCAGAGAUCAUUAAUAUUUGGACAGAAUCAAACAGCCUUUUAUAUCAUUACAGCAAGCUAGCAAGCUAUAUGUAUUAUCUAAAUGGCAACUUUAAAUCCGCCAUAGUAAUAUAAAGUAUACACUCUAGUAAUAUAGCCAAUUUUUAAGCAUUUCUGGGAGUUUGUUUAUGUUUUGUUUUGAGUUUAUGUUUUGUUUGACAUUAUGCGCUUCUUUGCCACAGCUGGUUUAAGACAAGCAGAAUGCUCAAGUGCAGCUCAGUUGGCAGAGCAUAGUGCUUGGGUUUCCCUUGUGGUGGGUUUGAUUCCCAUGCGAGACCUUUACACAUACUGAAAUGCACAGAAUUAUAUGCACUUACUGCUGUAAAUUAGCAAACUGUGCUUGUCUGUGGCAACACAGUGCAUGCAAAACAAAUGUACCUAUUAUUUUAAUAGUCAUGCAAUUUAGUGUAGUGUAACAUCAUGGAUUAGAUCUUGCUGUUGACUUUCAUAAAAUUUCUACUGGUUUGGGGCUUUUUAGGGAUAUUAUAUGUCAACGUACAUAGUAUUUGGUAGAACAGAGGCUAUCCUGUUACACCCGUAAUUAUGUGUAAAAGUGAAAAUGUUUCUGACUGAUACUGGUCAUUCUGAAUUUCAGCUGUAAAUAAAACAGGUUGAACUUUGUUCAUGACGACAAUGUGAUGAGCACUCAAUCUUAAAAUGUGACUUAAAAAUCAUAUUACACUUUUUCGACUACUACUACAAUGGGGCAGAAAUCACGGAAAUACUAUAAAACACACUACUACGAAUAACAAAUGUAAAUUCUCCAAAUAAAUAUUAGAAUAAAUACAGCUUCUGUUUAAUCUGUAAAUGAUCUUUCUACUCAUUUACAGACAUUUCAAUAGAAUGCUAUAUAAAAGAACUUGACCUCAGGUACCGCACAAACAAGUUAAUCUAUGGUUCUUUUAGCUCAGAGCUCAGAUAUUGAGAAUCAAAACAUUACCAGUAUACAUUUGCAUUCAUUGGAUUGAUUUUAGGACAUACAUUAAGUUUAGUAUCAUUGACGAAUGUACCAUUUUAAACCUUAUUGGUUAACACUUUUCAUUAAGGUUAUAUGAUACAUCUUUAGUAUUUUUUUAAACUAAUACUUGUUAGUUUAAAGAUAGCUUACAUGACUGAGCAAUAUUAUCCAAUGUGUUAUAACUGUUUAGAACUGUUAUAAUUACCUAUAAACUAACAAUUACCAGUUUAUGAAUUGCUUAUAAACCUACUGUAAAAAAAAUCUAUAUGUGAAGUGGUACCAAAUCUAUUUAAAUUGUUAUCAUAUUCCAACAAAUUUUUUGUGCAAUUUACUGCUUUGUGGAUUCCAGCACAAUGUAUGGAUGGAUAUGCUGUUUAAUACCUCUUCAUUUUAUGGGUCAUCUAAGUGCUUAACACAACUUUGUGUUGCUAUUUGUUACACAAAUGAAUGGAAAUGUAUAAUUUUAUAUAUAAUUUGCUAAUAUUUUGAACAUUCACUGUGAAUGAUUUUUAUCUCGUUUGU